UACAUGACACUUGACAGUGAUGGAAGAUCAAUAACCUUUGCAUUCUUGAGAUAUUUUUGUAUAAAAAUUCUAUUAUUUUAACAGAAACUGUUCUAGUUUGUAAUUAAAAGUUUUCAUUAUUUUGCAAAAAAAUAUUAAAUCCUAACUUGAUAGAUAGCUUAACAUACGAACGCAGAAAAACGUAUUUGAUUUGUUUACUAAUACCGAGUUUCCGACUUUACUUUAUUUACUAAAACUGUUCUGUAAUCAUGGAUGAGAAGAACCCACUACAAAUUAGCAAAACUCCAUCUCAGGUGCCGGGGUCGAAAGAAGUAAAUAAAAGAGGGAGACCUGCUGUAAAAAAUAUUGUUAUGUUUGGCCCGCAACCUCGAUCUAUAAUGGCUCAAAUGUUAUCGGAAGCUAAGAAAUCUAAAACUAUUGUAACUGAAGAUAAGCCUGUAAUUCAAUCUGAACAAGAAACAUCACAAGAUGUAGUUGAAAUCAUUGUUUCAUGUGAUCCAAUUGAGGAACACAGGAGCUUCAAUAUAGAUGAUGACACAAAGCAUCAAACUUCAAAUCAAAAACUAGAAUGUGACUACCCCAACUGUGGUUAUUCAUGCAAAUUAUCCUCAAAUUUAAUCAAACACAAAAGAGUUCAUACAAAUGAAAAGCCCUAUUUGUGUGACAGAUGUUCAUUUAGGACGAAUUUUGUAAAUUCUUUGAAAGCUCAUAAAAGGAUACAUACAGCAGAGAGACCUUACCAAUGUGAAUAUUGUCCGUACAAAUGUAAUAGCAGUUCUAAUUUGAAAAAACAUUGUCUUCUUAAACACUCUGAAGGAGACAAGAGUAAUGAAAAAUAAUCUUAAUGCCAAUUUUUUUAAGACUGUAAUGUUAUAUUUUUAAGUAGUGAUAAGGAAAGCAAAAAGACAGUAUGUGUAAGAAUUUAUUAGUGUUGGAGUAAGUUAAGAGAUUGAUUUUUAUUGUUAUUAUUUAUUGGUAAUUAUUAGAUAAGUACUUGUGAUAAUAAACUUUUACAGAUACUGUUGACUUGCUUGUAUAGUACCCGGUAUGUAAUUUAUCAAGAUUUUGCCAUAGUGAAGGUGAGUUUGUUAAUUAUUACUUUAAUUAAUUAUUAUGUUUUUCGGCUUACUCAUGUAUUUAUUUGAAGAGAAACUGCGAGUUUCAAGGCAUGGUAGAGGCUCAUGCUUAUGAGCAGCGACCCGCGACGCGACGACUGUCGCGCUACUAUCGACUAGUCGAGUUUGCAGUGUGACCCCACGUGUUACGUGAGUAAGCCGAAAAACAUAAUUAAUAUGUAAUUAAUUUACUAUGUCUCAUGACAGUUAUAAUAUUAAUUAUUCCAUACUUUCAUUUUUAACACAAAUUCCUUUUCUUAUUACUUUAACUUUCUACCAUUAAUUAAUAGAUGUGAUUAAAACUAAAUAAUAGCUAUAUCCAUAUUUUUUAAAGUAAAAUAUUAGACAUCCGUAAAAUAAUAAUAAAAUGUGUCUAAUAAUUUUUGCGAGACAUACUACUUUAAUUAAGAAUAUAUGAGUAUUUCAUCAUUAUUUUUGUGCACAAACCUAUCUUUGCACUUGCCAGGCUAGUUGGCCU